AUGGAUCUUCAAAAUCAAAGUUUGGUAACAGAGUUCACCCUAAGUGGUCUCUCUCAUUCACAUGGAGCUCAGGUCAUUUUCUUUGUUUUGUUUCUGGCUCUGUAUUUGAUGACCUUAUCAGGGAACCUUCUCAUCAUGACAGCAGUCCAUGCUGAUCUACGUCUGCGUUCACCUAUGUAUUUUUUUCUCAGCAACUUGUCUUUUUUGGACAUGUGUUACUCAACGGUUACCAUCCCAAAGAUGCUGGUUAAUGUCUUCUCAAAUCAAAAGACUAUCUCCUUUAACCAGUGCAUAUUGCAAUUAUUCUUCCUUCAUUUAUUUGGUGGCACAGAAUGCUUCCUUCUGACUGCCAUGGCAUAUGACCGCUAUGUGGCUAUCUGUAAUCCACACCACUAUGUGGCUAUCUGUAGUCCACUAAAGUAUCACAUUGUCAUCAAUUUCAAAUUUUGCUGUUGUCUGGUGGCAUGUACUUGGCUAGCAGGCUUCUUCCAUUCCUUUACCCAGGCUUUUCUCACCUACCAGCUGUCAUUCUGUGGUCCAAACAAGAUUAACCACUUCUUCUGUGAUAUCCACCUAGUAGCUGUACUUGGCUGUUCUGACACCUUCUUUAUUGAUAAAUUUAUUAUAGCAAACAGUGGGGUGUUUUCACUCAUGAACUUUGUGGUGUUGUUAUUCUCCUACCUUAGCAUCAUAACUACAAUCUUAAAGAUCUAUUCUUCAGAAGGGAGACGUAAAGAGUUCUCUACAUGUGCAGCCCAUCUCCUUGUUAUUACGUUCUUCCUUGGACCAGCCGUAUUUAUCUAUUUGAGACCACCAGUGAACAAUGCAGCAGACAAGUUGGUGUCUGUGUUGUAUACAGUACUGACACCUCUACUAAAUCCUAUUAUCUACACAUUAAGAAACCAGGAGGUCAAAAAUGCUAAAACCAUUUGGAAAAUCUUUGGGAAUCUUUCAUCAUAA